GAGGGCCCCGUGAAAACGCAAAACCGAUGAUUUCCGCAGGAAUAGAGGGCCGCCUACCCUACAUGACGUACCCAGAACCUUGGGGCGGACCGCCCAAGCAACCUCCUGAAUUUCUUCGACCAGCUCCAAAACCACUUCCUCCAAAUAGAUAUAAUGGCGUACACCUUAGUAGUUCCUUAAAUGGAACGAGGCAACCUCAAAGGCAACCGAGCAAAUACCCAUCUCCACCGGCUGCGACACCGGUUAAUCUAACUCAACAGAAAGAAGAAUCCACAGAAGAACUGCCAUACUCGGCCUACUCUCGUCUAUUUCCACCCCCACCUCCGUUUAUGUACCAUCCUUCUGGACCAUACACCUCUCUCUACCAACCGCCGUACACACCUCCUCUCCGUGCAAACUACCCUCAACCUCCCCCUCUCUCCCCCCUAGAACCUCCGUACACGCCAACGACGCCAUCAGCUACCGGUUCUGCCAUUUUUCUAACGCCAUCGGCCACCUUCAGCCCGCCUGCCGUUGUACAGCAGCAGCCGUCCCAAACCAUAACGCGCGUCGAGCGCAAACCGUCCCCUAGCUUUAAAGUGCCAUCCGGAAAAGAGGGCUCGUUAAAACACCGAAUUCUGACGAGGCCCGGCGAUAGUAUCCACCUAAGACACUCGACGGACGCGCAGAAACCGAACGAUGGUCCGAAACUGUCCGAAGCCACCAGGAAACGACUUACUGCCACCGUUUCGCCGCCGCGAUCGCCCGCCAAAACUGGAACCAGCAACGUCGUGCCCGUGGGAAAUUUCACCAAAGGCUCCCUUAUACAGCUAGCGAACGGAGAACUGAGACGGGUCGAGGACAUGCGAACGGAAGACUUUGUCAACUCGGCGGAACGCAGUCCGGAACUUCGCCUUGCCGAUAGUACGGUCGUGCGGAUCGAAGAAAAUCCCAUUACGGGAACUGGAACCGUCACCCUUAGCUAUAAUCAACGACGAACUCAGGUGGAAUUUGAAGCCUCAUUAGAACAUCCCUUUUUUGUAUAUGGUCAAGGUUGGGCGUCGUGCGCACCAGACCGUACGCUGCAAAUCUACGGCUUAAAAGUCCAUCGUUUGCAAGUAGGAGAUAUCUUAAUAUCGUUGACGCCGCGUGAGGCUACAAGUUUACCUGCAUCGACGCGCGGAUCGACCAUCAUCACCACGGCGACGACGACGGCCGUAACGGCGCGCCAGGUGUCAUCGACGGCCGAGGCCGCGGUGCACUCGUAUCACGUGCUGAAUCCCGGCCAUCCGGUGUCGUCGGGGGUUAGUUUUUCGCAGCAGAGCAACGUCUUACAGACAGUUUCGUCUGAUUGUAGUAAUUCUAAGAAAAGGAGAUGGUCGGCUCCAGAUCAAAUCUGUGAUGAAAAUGAACAAAACGUUAGGAGAGUUAAAACCUAAUGCUUAGGUAGGUAUUUGUGAAACAAAUUUGUAGUAAUUCUAAGUUUGUGAAAGAUAUAGUUUAUCAAAAGAGAAAAAAGUGCAGCUUAUUUGUAUACUAAUUAAACUGUACUAUUAUAGUAACUGGAGCUAGAAGUAUGACACUGUUUUAUCUAGGCAGAAAUUGUCUUGGUAAAAGGUUUUAACGGAUUGUUUACAGGUGUCAUUCAAAAGAAUUGGUUAAGUUUUCUAUUACUUCACCUUAGAUUUGUGAUAAAUAAUUUUGAUAAACUAAAUUUUUAGUAAGGCAUAUAAAAAUUAGAAAACCUGUAGCGUGGUUGAUGGUCCAUGUCAUUUUAUGGAACGUCCCAAACAAAAUUCGUGUGGAAAAUGUACUAUUUUUUCUAAUGCCUCUUUUGCAAGAAAGUACAAAGUGUUAGGCCCAUAUUUGGAAUGAAAUGUUGGUAGAUUUCAAUUAAUAUUCUAAAACAGUUUUAAAUAGUGCCUCCAGCCAUUUAGAUUUACCUAAGAAUUUUUUAUCUCAAGCGAUUUUCAUACACCAUAAGAAAAAAUGCAGAAGUUUUGUAGUAAUUCCUAUGACUAAAUUCCCAUUUUCGGACACUGCAAGGUAAAUUGAAAUGGCAACAAAAUAGACGUUCCAUGUACUUGACAUGUUCUCCAAAAAUUGUACAGACUGUUAUCCAUUGUUCUUCUCUUGGUUUUCGUACCAACCAAAUGGAAUGUAAAUACUAGAAUUUAAUGACAAUAUUAGGAAGACUAGACAAGAGGAUGUAUAGGAAAUGUGUGAAUCGUUCCAGGCUGCAGGUAUACGUAAACAUGUUUCAAGAACGAAUCGAGUAUUAAUGACGAGUGAUAUAUCUAACGCAAACAAUUUAACUAUCAGAAGUUUUAUUUGUUAUACGUAAAGGAGUUUGUGGCAUGGAAUUGAAUCUGCCACUGCCGAUCUCAAGGGAUUCGUGUGAUAGAACUGCUUUUAAUGUUUUUCACAAAGAUCUGUAUUUUAUUAAUUUACUGUGUAUUUUCAUAAAUUGAUACAUGCACGAACUGAUUUAUAUAUAGCAUAGCGUUUGUUACUUAUGUAGAAAUGUUGAGAAUAUUUAGAAGUCGCCCUAGUGAUCGAUCAAAAUAUUCUUUAUGCUUUUUAAUGUUGUAUAUUUUAAUUUCCAUGUGAAUUCUUGGCUGUGAUACAGUAAAGUAUGUGGUAUGAGCGACGCUUCCCUCCAUGUUUCUGUCAUAAAAUUUGUGUGUAAGGAAUCUAAAAAACUGCCCUUCCCUUCUCAUUUUUAUUUGUUAUAGGUAGUUACUUUAAAGAAAUUUUAGUCUGGAGUGCAAUAAUUUUUUCUUAACAUUUAGGGACCGUUGGAAAAAAUGCAAUAUUAAAUUAUAGAAAAAAAACAUGUUGGAGAGAAAGGAAGGUUCAGUUCGUUAAUUUCCAAAAACAUUGUAUGUUGCCAAUUAUUACCUCAAUGUACACUAAUUAAUAAAGACAUGUAGGAAAGGAUUGUUAUGUAGAUAGACGUUUUGACAGUGACAUGCGGCGUUGUUCAUUUAAGCAGAUUACAGAGGUCUGACAAUCGCUGUUUAGCCAUAAUAUUAUAUUAAUUAUAUACAUAUUGUUAUGUAUAGUUGUUUUAUACUGACACAAAUAACUAUUUUCCGUUAAUACAAAAAAUAAAAAUUAUACUAUAUAAAUACAUAUAUUCAUUAUGUAAUACACAGUCCAAUAUUUGUCAAAUGUUCAUAAGAUAACAAGACAAUGUAUAAAAAUAAUUUGACCUACUUCAAAAUAUACUUUUAUGUAUGA